UCGGAAACUUGCACGAAGGAACAUGCUGCUGCUACGACGAGUACCAUGGCAGCAGCACCGUGGCCGCGCGGCUAGCUCCGUCAGACGGAAGUCCUUACUCGAUGCCCCUUCCGAACGUCAAGCCAAGUUAGUGUGUGCGAAAUGCGAGCACCACUUGGUCGAGACGUCGGACCUGUUCUUCCUCCACUGGCAACGCGGUGUGCAUGUCGCGAGCUUUCAAAACGCCGCGCUAGAACACCUCAAGUCCACGGAACACCCGCUCGCAUCGAUCCAGCCGUGGAAGCAAGCCAAGCUGAACUGCACCAAGUGCGACUCUGGCGUUGCCACACGAGCUACCGUUCGCGGCCAAGAAGCCACGCUGUUUUCAGCCAAGCACGUGUCGUUGAAGCUGCCGCUGGGAUUUAACCCCAUCGUGUCCAUCUCGGGCGUACCCUCCGACGUGUUUCGCUUUUCUUCGUGGUCAGAUCUCAUGGCGCAAGUUAUUGCCACCCCAGCGUUGAAAGCAGUGCUAAAGAUCCGAGAGGAUAAGAAGCUCCCCGCAACUACUACCAGCACGACGACGUCACCAUCUCCACCCGUCGACCACAAAGCUAUCAACACUAAAAUACUCUUGGGUCAAUCCGCCAUUGACGUACUUCAAUUGGUGUCGAACGAGAAACAUUUGAACCACGUGAACGUAUUAACUGCGUUCCAGCGGUUUGCCAUGUUCCACCAACGAACGCUGCAAGACAUUGCGCAACUGAAAAAGCAGCGCAUCCCAAACGUCGUGCAAGUCGAUGAAGAGGACGCGGCGCGGUUAGAUCUGUACAAAGUCCAACUGCAGCGCUACCACCAUGACCUGAACCUGAUUUAUUCGAGUCGGUUUUGGAACUUGGUCGACGAGAUGGAGCGGCAAUGUCAAAUGCACAUGCAUUACGUCCCGUCGCGAUACUUGUUUUACUUGCUCAAGUCGUUGCUGGCUUUGCACGUGGCCCCAUCCAAACUCAUGGAGAAUUUGGCAUCUCAAGUCACGUUUCGACUGCCCCAAGAGCGGUAUUCCGUCGACAAAGUGGCGCAUUUUCUGCAUGGAUUUGCCAUCCUCUGUGCUGCGGACGAAAGUGCCAAAUCGUGGAUCGACCCGACGUUUCACCACGCGUGCUCGUAUAUGUUGACACAAAACCCGAGUCCAGAACUGCUGGCGAUGGCGGCCUGGGCAUGUGUAGUGGCCAAGGUGCAUCAUAUAGAGUUAUUUCACGCGGCGCUGCAAGCUGCCAACGACCACCCAAACCCGGGCGUUGCCUUGUCCACACAAUUGUAUCAAGUGCAUCUGGAUGCUACGCUGUCCAAUUUGCCUUGUCAACAUGUGCUGGCACCGUCGCGAGUGGAAGCGUUCAAGCAAGCGUUGGUGCGGCAGCAACACGGAAAUGUUUCGUCGACAUUGCAUGGCGUUGUGUCCAAUACGCUGCUGCAAAUGAACGUGCCGCAUAUCAACGAAUACGUGAUGGAACUUGGGUAUUCAUUGGACAUUGCGUUGGUGGACGACCGCAUUGGCAUUGAAGUGAACGGCCCGAGUCAUUACCAGUUGCGCAGCAAUCCGUCGGAACGGUAUUUGUUGGGCGCGUCAAUGUUAAAAAUGAGGCAUGUGCAGCGGGCAGGGUGGACAUUGAUUCAAGUCGCGUACGAAGACUUGAGUAAACUGCCAGCCGGAAAGCCGCGUCAAGAGUUUGUCAGUAUGCUCUUGGAAGUGGCCAUGGCGCACCGGGUCCAGUAGUAUUACUAUUAGUAUUACUAGAUCGGGAAGUUACGAUACGACACAACCGGACACACAUAUACUACGUAGUACUUGAAGUAAUAAUGUACUACGUGGGUACUGAUGAUAAAAAGAAAAUCGAUGAGUUGACGGAAGGCUGGUUGUAGUGGUGUCCCCGUGUUUUAUAUAUUAAACCAAAACAACAAGAUUUAUAUAUUGC